AUCAUGAAGGGAUUUCCCGUUUGCACAAUCAAAGGGCAACUGUGUGGACAGAUACUGAGAUAGAAUUGACAGAAAUUUAGACAAAUUUCACAAUAGCCUCCCUUGAUGCUGCAACUAAUUACAUGGCAGAUUUCCCUAACACAGUAACUAGCCAUUUAGGGUCAAACUGGGGACUGUUCCCGUACGUAUAAAAAGCGUUCAGAGACUCGAUUUUUCUGCGACCACUGCAGGCAUGCCAAAGCGCACAAUUACACUAGCAGUCGCAAAGGAGGCAGGGCGAACGACAAAGAAAUCAAAGAUGACUUCUAAACAGCAGGGAGCAACAUCACAGUCUGAUGUAAGUGACGGUGAUACAGAAGUGGAAAAGUAUACCUUUUUCUACACCAAGAGCUCACCGUUUAGUCAGCAUCAUUUUUCAGAAUUUACCGUGGAUGACGUCCAUUACGUGAACGCAGAGCAGUAUAUGAUGCACCAGAAAGCAGUGCUAUUUGGAGAUGAUGAGAUAGCUCAAGAAAUCCUUCAGGAGAUAAACCCUCAGUCCAUGAAGAAGCUGGGACGGAAGGUGAAGGGUUUCGAUGAUGAAGUGUGGAAGGAUAACAGACUCUCAAUUGUCAAGAAGGGAAGCUAUGCAAAGUUUUCUCAGAACCCGGACUUGAAGCGUGAGCUUCUGUUGACCCAGGGCACGGUGCUGGUCGAGGCCAGUCCAAGGGACACCGUCUGGGGCAUUGGCCUUGGAGCUAACAACCCCAAAGCAAAGAGCAAGAGAACUUGGCGGGGAAGGAAUCUACUGGGGUACACCUUGACUCAAGUCAGGGAUCAGUUAAUACGAGAGAAAUCAAGCAAGGACGAGAAGACAGACUAGUGAGUGAAAGUCUUGUCCUGAAAAAACGUCAAUUAUUAAUUGAAUGCCACGUUUUAUCCCAUAUGAAGUAAAUGCGCCAUACAUAAUUACAAGUUUGUUUUACUGGCCAAAAAUGUCAGGGUGUUUUCGGUUUUCAACUUAAUAUUUUUCACACAAAUUGUAAAGUUUUACUAUAUCUGAACUACCAAGACAGUUUUCAUUUAAGACUUUUGUAUCCUUCAAAAUCUUCUACUAUGCCCACUUUGCAGGAGCUUAACCCUAACCUUCCCAAACCACACAGAAUUAAACAGCAGUAAAGUGGUUAAUUUUGUGGGGAUAGGUCUCGU